AUGGACAAAGAGAUGACGCUCUGGAAAAUGAAGAUGAAUUUGGAGGAGAAGAAGAAGAAGAAGAAGAAAGGAUCAUACUCUACAGUCUACAAGUGCUCUGUUGUCUUCUUCAACCCUCCGCCCAUACCUGAACGAGCAAUUCUCAGAGACCCAUCCGUCCAAUCACCUGGCAAGAUGACCGACUUCCAAGGAAAAUGCCACUGUGGUAACACAGAGUGGACUGCGACGCUGCAGAAGGACCAGCAGGCUCAUAUUCUCUGCCAUUGCAACACAUGCAAAGAACUCUCGGGCUCGACAUUCACGCUCAACCAAAUCAUCCCUGCCAAGGCACUGAAAAUCACAAAGGGGGAUGACUUGGGCAAGUACACAUACAAGGGCGACUCUGGCAGGGACGUCCACUGCUACUACUGCAAGGUCUGCACUUCGCAUGUCUACCACCAACAGGAGGCCCUCGGCCCAGACAGCAUCGUUCUGCGCACGGGUUUGUUGACAGAGGGAAUCCAGAAGUUUCAGCCUGGCGCGGAGAUCUUUGGCAAGGAUAGGUUGAGCUGGGAGAAGGAGGUUGCGCAGACGUUUGACGGUAUGCCACCUUCGUAG